AGUGUUUGAGCAGUACCAGAGAGCCCGGACCCAGUUCGUGCAGACGGUCGCGGAACUUGCCGCUCGGCCCCAGAACAUGGAGACCCUCCAAAACGCAGACACUGUGCAAGACAGAAGACAACAUCUGAUAGUUGGUGACCUGAUAGAUGACCUGAUAAUUUAAGGUGUAAUGUCUUUGCUGAGGCCUCUUCUGCUGGAUGUGGUCCCAACUAUUCAACAGACGGCUGCUUUGGCUCUUGGGAGACUCGCCAAUUAUAAUGAUGACCUGGCAGAGGCAGUUGUUAAAGGAGACAUUCUUCCACAGCUUGUGUAUUCAUUGGCUGAGCAGAAUCGUUUUUAUAAGAAAGCAGCUGCAUUUGUGUUAAGAGCAGUUGGUAAACAUUCUCCUCAACUUGCCCAAGCAAUAGUUGAUUGUGGAGCACUGGAUACACUUGUGAUUUGCUUGGAAGAUUUUGACCCUGGAGUAAAGGAAGCUGCAUCUUGGGCACUUGGAUAUAUUGCAAGACAUAAUUCAGAACUGUCACAGGCUGUGGUGGACGCAGGAGCUGUUCCUCUUUUAGUACUCUGCAUCCUGGAGCCAGAAAUUGCUUUGAAAAGGAUUGCUGCUUCAGCCCUCAGUGAUAUUUCAAAGCAUUCUCCAGAGUUAGCACAGACGGUAGUAGAUGCAGGGGCUAUUGCCCACUUAGCUCAGAUGAUCCUGAACCCUGAUGCUAAACUGAAGCGUCAGGUGCUUUCAGCUCUAAGCCAAAUAGCAAAGCAUUCUGUGGAUCUUGCAGAAAUGGUGGUUGAAGCAGAAAUUUUCCCAGUUGUACUCACAUGCCUGAAGGACUCGGAUGAAUAUGUUAAGAAAAAUGCUGCAACUUUAAUUAGAGAGAUAGCAAAGCAUACGCCUGAGCUUUCACAGCUUAUAGUUAAUGCAGGAGGAAUUGCUGCUGUGAUUGAUUGUAUUGGCAACUGCAAAGGAAAUGUCAGGCUGCCUGGCAUCAUGAUGCUCGGUUAUGUAGCAGCUCAUUCAGAGAACCUGGCAAUGGCAGUGAUCAUCUCCAAGGGGGUGCCACAGCUGUCUAUCUGCUUGUCAGAAGAACAAGAAGAUCACAUUAAGGCAGCAGCUGCUUGGGCCUUGGGACAGAUUGGAAGACAUACUCCAGAGCAUGCACGUGCUGUUGCAGUAAUAAAUGUAUUACCAGUGCUGCUUUCCCUGUACAUGGAAACAGAAAGUUCAGAAGAUCUCCAAGUGAAAACUAAAAAGGCCUUAAAAAACAUCCUGCAGAAAUGUACAUAUUUGCCAGCACUUGAACCCUUGCUGCAUGAUGCUCCUCCCAAUAUUUUGAAAUAUGUCAUUGGGCAGUUUAGUAAGGUGCUACCACAUGAUAGCAAAGCCCGACGUCUCUUUGUAACAAGUGGUGGACUUAAAAAGGUUCAAGAGAUAAAAGCUGAGCCUGGGUCACUUCUUCAAGAGUACAUCAACACUAUUAACAACUGCUACCCAGAGGAAAUUGUAAGGUAUUAUUCUCCUGGAUAUUCUGAAGCACUUCUGGAAAGGGUGGAAAAUUAUCAACCUGUUCUAUAAACUCUUCAUUUUUUCUGUUAUUAAAAGCCUUAUUUCACAUUUGUACUUUUAUGACAUUGCAAAUACAAUUUUGAAACUCUUGCCAGAUUCUAAAAUGCUCACCUUUCUGAACUAUUAAUCACUGUUAUAAAUCUUUUGUCAUUUUGAAGAAAUAAUCUUGACACCCUGAGGUAAGUUUAGAAAAGAGAUUCAGAAAAUAGAUUCUUCAAGUCAAGUGUUCAUUUUUUCCAAAAUCCAUAUCUUGUAGGGUGCUGAGGACUUUUAGGAUGUUCUUGUGAAUUUUCUUUAACACCUGUGUAGUCUAGCAAGCUGUAUUUUAUUAAUUAUAAAAUCAUUGCUUUCCAAAUUUUGCUCCUUCCUUUUUUUCUCUUUCCUCACUCAUCAAUGUAUCACCACCCAAGAGUGGUAGUUUGUGACACACAGGCUAGGUACAAACAUUCAAAAAGAUUGAGGAGGAAUUGAUUUAAGUUCUGUGGUUUUCUGUAAGCAGUGUAGUUUAGAUCGGUAGUGAACAGAACACGUAUUUGCCCUUUGGUUGAGGGGGGGAUCUUAUACUGGGUUCUGCCAUUUUUAAACCAGUCUGUGUGCGUUGAACCUCUAUUCUGGUUCUGUUAUGGGUAUAGACCAGUUUUGUGUGCUGAACUUAUGUUCUGUUAUAGCUAUAGUGUGGUUUCCAAUUGCUCAUGUCAGUAAAAGUGGAAUGUUUGUACCUGGUCACAAACUCUGCAGAAUCAGUCCUUAUCCUUUACUUCCUCACAGAGAGUAAAUGGAACCAGGCUUUGCCCCUCUGCCCCCCUCCAGCAUUGGAACAAUUACUCCCUCUGUGCCUUUAUAUACAGUUUAAAGCAUCAUCUGUCAGGGACAACUUUGCUUUUUUAUUCUGUAGUCUGUGUUCUGUUCUGAAAUGUUCCCAACUCACUUUGGAAAGCAACAGGCUAUUUCUGCAAUGACAUUUGAGGUCUGAAGAUGUCUGCACCUCUACACUUACAGCAAGGCUAUCCUGAUCCACUGUAAUUAGAGUGGUAAUUACUGCACUCCAGCAGAUUCCAGCAUCAUGUGUAUCAGCAUUCUCACACUGAAAAAUGGUGGUGGGGGUGCUUUAACUAAAGCUUGUUUG